AUGACUCUGGCUUUGCAAUCCUUCCACAUAAGUGUGGCGACCCUGAAUACCAAGGCUGAUAUCUCAAUCCAGCGCUCAAAUGAUUUCGCUGGUAUCCUUGGAGCGGUCUCUGUAGGAGCUCUUCUUAUUCUAUCACUCGCAUUGGUUCGGAGAUGGUCCUACGAAACCUUUCUCCGCACCCAUCAGAUUCUCGCCGCUGUUAACGUCUAUGGAAUUUUCCGGCAUCUUCCCCAUAACAGCCAGUUUGCCAAAGUGUGUGUUUACAUUGCACUUGGAGCAUUGGCGCUCACGUCAUCGGUUCAGCUGAUGGUGUUUCUCUAUCGAAAUGGUCUUUUUGCGGCCAGGGGCUGCCCUAGAGCCAUCGUUCAUAGUUAUGGAGGAGAAGUAGAGGACGACAGCAAAGAAAUCAAGGAUGGUGUCGUCAAGAUGUGUAUCACCCUUCCUCGCCCAAUCAGAGUGGAGCCUGGGCAGUAUAUCAAUCUAUGGAUGCCAACGGUUAGCCUAUGUUCCUGGGCGCAGACGCAUCCUUUCACCGUGGUUUCGUGGUCCCCAGAUCCGCAGGGCACAUUGGACCUGCUAGUGAAGCCGUCGGGGGGCUUCUCCGCCGAUAUUUUUCGCCACCUUAAGCCUUUUCAGAAGCAGGAGACUUCAGUUGUCUUUAUGUCAUUCUUCACGGGGCCUCAUGGGAUCAGCAAGAAGGUAAACGGCUACGAGAGUGUCGUUGUUGUGGCGAGCGGAUUCGGAAUCGCCGCGGUAGUGCCUUACAUAAGACACAUGAUCCAUGGCUACAACACUUGCACAUCCCAAGUCCGUCGGAUCCACCUGGUCUGGCAGGUGGAAUCGCCUAUGGGUAUUGCUGUCGUCUCUGAAAACCUCUUGAAUAGACUCUUGGAUGAUGACAUUGUAGACAAGGGCUAUAUUUUGAACAUUUCCAUCUACCAGCGAAACGGUCAACUUUUAGAGGCAAAGCUCCCUGUUGGUGAUAAAUCCAAGGUCUUCAUGUACCAAGGUAGUCCAGAUUAUCAGCAGAUGAUUUCGCUCGAAACGUCGGGGGAUCUGAUAGAAAGACACUCAGAUAUUCCUGACAAGUGUGGAGACGCUCUCGUGAUGGUCUCCACAACGGAUGACGUGCGCGAUCAAUUACGCGAGAUUAUCCGGGAACGUAAUGACACACGCGUAAAUCUGAUGGAGCUUGAAUAUCAACCAUCUAAAGCGUAA